UUGCCACCGUAUAUUCCUGCCUUGUAUUAUUUUCAUCGGUAUUUUACUUUAAUAUAAUAUAAUUUCAGUACAAAUGAAAACAUGUCUAUCAAAGAGGAUAUUACAGAAUUUGGCUGGCAUUUGAGUCAAGAAGGUAUCGAUACUAUUAGUGAAAAUGGUCAAAUACAAGAUGUAAAUAUUAUUAAGAAGAAGGCUUUAGAUUAUGAUUUGCGUGAUGUUGGGGAUGCUGCUUUUCCUGAGGAUUUUACCAAGGAUCCGACUAAACUAGAAAAACCUAUAAUAGUCCAAAUUCAAAAGAUACGUAAUGUAUCUGCACCGAAAGCAAAUGAAGAAUCUACAUCUGCCCCUCGAAUGUUGAAAUUGACAUUGCAUGAUGGGAAAUCGUCAUGUACGGGUUUAGAGACAAGUCCCAUUCCAAGUCUCAGUAUUAACACUCCUCCAGGAACUAAAUUGUUACUCAAAAACGAAGGGCUGGAGGUAUGUCAUGGUGUCAUUUGGCUUUCACCUAGUGUCAUAUCAGUAUUGGGAGGAAAAGUGACACACAUGAUUGAAAAGUGGGAAUUGAAUCGGAGCCUUGCUAAACAUACUAGAGGUGGCAUUGGAGCAGAUGGGGGUCCUCCACCAUGGAUUCCAUUUGGACAGCGAUUAGAAGCUCUCACUGUUGACAAACAAUUCAAGAGUUUGCAGGAGGCUUCAAAACAGGAUAAUGCGGAAUUUGAAGCCCAGAGAAAAGGAGCCAUUGCUGAGGCACAGAGACUAUCUGGUGUGAAAAAGGUGUUUGGUGGUGGAACAAAACCCUUGUUGGAUGCUAAUGUACAGAAGAUUGUUGAUGCUGGUUUUUCAGAAGAACAGGCAGAGAAUGCUCUGAAAUAUACUAAAAAUAAUGUUGACAGAGCAUUAAAAAUAUUGCAAAAGAGGGACAACUCUGAAAAUAGAAAUAAAGAGAAACCACAAAAAGAACCCGACCAACCUAAGAGGAAGGGACGAAAUAAAGAACCUAAUGAUGAAGACAGUAUUCCUGUGAAGCCAUCUGGAAAAGUAUCAUUGUUUGAUUUUCUGGAAGAUAAAUUACCAAAUGUACCAGAGAAGGACAGGAAUAAUCGGCAAUACAAUGCUAACACAGAAGAAAGGAAUGAUAGGAACUAUGCAAAUAGAGAAAAAAACAGUGCCAAAAACAAUUCACGAGGCCAAGGGUCAAGAUAUGAUAGUUCUAAUCGCAAUAGAUCUGAAAACAGAGGUCACUACUCAAAUGAUAAUCACCACACAUCACAUAGAGAGGAACGAAAGUAUCAAUCUAUAAAUGAAAAACCACCGAGGUUCCAAAAGAAACUAGAAGAAAAAAAUAAGCAGCAACAACAGCAACAGCAGCAACAAAUGAACAAUAUCAACAUGAACAUAAAUUUACCAUAUAACAAUUCAUAUCCCAACCAAUCCCCCCAUUAUUCAGACAGAAAUAUGAGGAGUGAUAGACAUAUUAAUGAGAAUAAGGUACAUCAAUCACAGAAUUAUCGUGGCAAUCCUAACAUCGAUAGUUUAGUCGAUGCGACUGCGAAUUUGAACAUUUUAUCCAAUCAGUCCCGGGCGAACGAGGAACUUCAGCAGCAGAGGGUCUAUCAGCCCCACACGGAGCAACCAUAUCAAAAGCAGUCAUAUAUUUCGAACCCGAACAUGGCAGAGAUACCGCCAUUCAGAAGAAACAACGACAUGCAGAAGUACCAAGAACAAACAUAUCAGCGGCGGCAACCGCAGCCGCCUAACGGGUACAUGGAGCCGCAACAGAGUCAGAUGUACCCCAACGUGAACUACAUGGCGGGCGCGCAGGGCGGCUACGGCGGCCGCCAGUUCGGGUUCGGGCUGCGCGGCGGGCCGUUCCUGCCGGGCUCGCUGCUCGGCUUCCAGAACGCCGCCGUCAACGAGCAGGCGCGCGCCAUGCUCGGCGUCGCCGACAUCAGCUGGAAGGUCGGCGACCGCUGCCUCGCACUCUACUGGGAAGACAACAAUUUCUAUGAAGCCGAGAUCACUGGUAUUUCAGCUAAUACAGUAGUAGUGAAGUUCUGUGCAUAUGGUAAUCAUGAAGAAAUUUUAAAGUCAAACUGUUUGCCGUUCCCUAAUCAAGCGUCGGGCCACAACAACGGCGGGUACAUGUCGCGGGCGGCGCGCCGGCCGUAGUGCCGCGCCGCGGC